GGGGGCGGGGCCCGGACGCCUGGGCCCCUCGCGCUCUGGGCUGGGCGCUGCCCUUUGCCCGGACACGUCCCUGCGCGGGGCGGGAUCUGCUCCCGGGCGCCUGGGCCCCUCCCGGACGCCUGGGCCCGGCUCGGCAGCACCAGGAAGUCACCGGCACCGGCCCCCCCCCCCCCCCCCGGCCCCUCUCGAGCCCCCCCCCCAAUGGCCGGGGAGGAGCCGCCGCGACCCGCCGAGACCGGGCCCCCCGAGGACACGGAGCCGGAGCCCCCCCGGGACGCGGGGUUGGAGCCAGGAUGCCCCAAGGACGCGGGAUCGGAGCAGAGACGCUGCGAGGACGCUGAGCCGGAGCUGGAGCCGGGACCCCCCCGGGACACAGAGGCAGCGCUGGAGCCUCCCCGGGACGCAGGGUUGGAGCCGGAGCCCCCCCAGGACACGGGCUUGGAGCCGGAGCCGCCCCCCUGCCGCUGGUUCCUGGAGGGCCGGUGCCGGUUUGGGGCCCGGUGCCGCCACCCCCAUCCCGGAGCCCCCCGGGAGCAGCCGCCGGCCGGAGCCGGAGCCGGAGCCGGAGCCGGAGCCAGAGCCGGAGCCGAGGCCGGAGCCGGAGCCGAGGCCGGAGCCAGAGCCGAGGCCGGGACCGGGAAGCGGCGUCUGCGCCCGGCGGGCGACGUCCUGGCGCGGCUGCGCUGGGACCCGCGGCUGGACCCGGCGCUGGCGGCCGUGGGCUACUGGGACCGGUUCCGGGGGCUGCUGGAGCGGCCGCUGGGCGACUUCUUCUGGGGGCCCCUGGCCGACGCCGGCCCCGGGGAGCUGGGGGUGCCGCUGCACCGCGUCCGCUACGUGGCCUACGGUGGCCAACGCCUCUGGGACCGCGACGCCCGCCGCGACCACGUCUUCGGCUCCGACGGCAGCGGCCGCACCGUCCUCGACGUCCUGCGCGAGGCGGGGGAGGCGCCGGACGCCAGGGCCCCCCCGGACGCCCCCCGGCCCUGAGCGCGGCCCCCCCCGCGCACA